AUGGCCUCAGCAACAUCCUUCCGCCAAAUCGUCGGCGCCCCGCCCUCGACGGCCUCACCCACCGACAGCACCCUCAUCAUCAUCGACGCCCAAAACGAGUACGCAGAAGGCAAACUCGCCGUCCGGGACGUCACCUCCUCACGCAAGGCUAUCGCUGCCCUGCUGCAAAAGUACCGCGACGCCGGCCAGCCCAGCAGCAUCGUGCACGUCGUCCACGAUACGCCCGAAGGCGCUCCCCUCUUUACGCCUGGAACCAAGCUGGCCGAGGAGUUCGACGAGCUGAAGCCCAAGGACGGUGAAAAGGUGGUGAGGAAGCAGUUUCCUGGUUCCUUUGCGGGAACGGAUUUGCAGGCGCAUUUGGAGGGGUUGGGAGCGAGGGGGAAGAAGGUUGUUUUGACCGGGUACAUGGCUCACGUUUGUGUGUCUACUACCGCUAGACAAGCUGACCAGCGUGGGUUUGACGUUCUGAUCGCUGAGGAUGCGGUCGGCGAUCGUGAUAUUCCUGGCGUCGAUGCAGCGCAGCUCGUCAAGGUUGCUUUGAGUGAGAUUGGUGAUGCUUUUGGUACUAUUGUGCAGAGCAAAGACAUUGUUUAG